AUGCUGCAACUCGUCGAGCCCUAUGUCACCUUUGGGUUCCCCGACCUGUCCUCCGUGCGCGCCCUCAUCAUCAAACGAGGCGUGGCGCGCAUACGGCACCAGGACGAGGUGGACGAGGGGGACGAGGGGGAGGAGGGGGAGGAGGGAGGGGACGAGGAGGAGGAGGGUGACGAGGAAGACGAGGGGGAGGAGGGAGGGGAGGGCGAGACCAAAGAGAGCAAACCAAGGAAAGGGGGAGCAGCACAAGGGGCAGGGGGGAGUGGGGCAAUGACAGUAGUACCCAAGAAGCCGGAGGCGAUGGUGGGAUGGACGGGGCCAGUAAAUCCAGAGGAGGAGGCGAAGGGAUGGCGGCGAGUGCCUCUCACUGACAACGCUAUUGUUGAACACGCCCUGGGUAGCACGGGAAUCAUCUGUAUCGAGGAUUUGAUUCACGAGAUCGCUACAGUGGGGCCGCACUUCCUGCAAGUGACUGGCUUUCUUUGGCCGUUCCGCCUUGCAGCCCCCAGGGGCAAGUUCAGCAAGGCAGGUUGGUUUAACAAGGGAGGAGAGGCUGGGAACAGAGGAGUUGAGAUCAAUGAGCUGAUUCGCCAAAUGGCAUGA